CUCGGAAUCAGGUCCCAUGCAGCGCUACGGGCAAUCGCCUGUCAUUCCCAGUUGAAUAACUGUCCGCAGAGGUUCAGUCAGAAGCAUAGUAAAAUGGAUGAAACAAUUGAUAAUGCAUCUUCCAUUGUUGAUGGAGUCCGCGAGAAGUUAAUGAACGAUUGGAAAAUUCUACAGCAUGUCUUCAAGCUGGUAGAAAAGGAGGAUACUUUUUGUGCCGAUCCAGAACUGUGGAGGGAACAGAAAAUAGUCGAUUUUAUGCAGCCGGACGAACUGAAGAAACAUAUAGACCUGACAAUCAAGGAAAACGAAACAUCCACAAACUCUGACAUCGAGCAGAUUUGUCAGCAGGUUAUUCAAUAUUCUGUAAAAACCUCUCAUGGCCGCUUUCACAACCAGCUGUUUGGACAAAUGGAUCCCUUUGGGCUGGCUGGAGCCUGGAUAACCGAGGCCCUGAACACAAGCUCUUACACCUAUGAGGUGGCGCCUGUCUUUAGCCUAAUCGAGACGGAGAUUAUAUCAACGGUUUGCAGAUUAGCCGGAUACAGCCAAGGCGAUGGUAUUUUUGCUCCUGGCGGUUCCUCAUCGAAUAUGUAUGGGCUAGUUCUGGCCCGGUAUAAACGCUUUCCAACAAUCAAAUCGACUGGCAUGUUUGGAUUACGUCCGCUUGUCAUCUUUACCUCUGUGGACUCGCACUACAGUCUGCAGAAAGCCGCCCACUGGUUGGGCAUUGGAGCCGACAACUGCAUAGCUGUGCGCACCAAUGCCAAAGGUCAAAUGUUACUGGACGACCUGGAGGACAAGAUUAAAGCAGCACGGGCACGCGGACAUGAUCCGUUUUUCAUCAAUGCCACCGCUGGCACAACAGUGCUGGGCGCAUUUGAUGACAUCGCUGGCAUUGCCGAUGUGGCCAAUCGCCAUGGACUCUGGCUGCAUGUAGAUGCCUGUCUGGGCGGAUCCGCACUGCUCGCCUACAAGAACCGCUCUCUGUUGAGGGGCCUGGAGCGCGCCAACUCGUUUGCCUGGAAUCCACACAAGACCCUCGGCGUUCCGUUGCAGUGUUCCCUGUUCCUCACCAGCGAAUCCAAUUUGCUGGCGCGCUGCAACAGCAUCGAGGUCAAUUAUUUGUUUCAGCAGGAUAAAUUCUAUGAUGUCGCUUACGACACCGGCAACAAGAGCGUCCAGUGCGGCCGCAAAAUAGACGCCUUCAAGUUUUGGCUUAUGCUCAAGGCGCGCGGAUACGGCAAAUACGGACAUUUAGUGGACCAUGCCAUAUUAAUGGCUCGCUUGUUGGAGCAAAAGCUGCGCGCACGUCCAGAUCGCUUCAGACUCGUCCUGGAGCAGCACGAAUACUCCAAUGUCUGCUUUUGGUACAUCCCAAAAUCAAUGCGGGUGCAGAGCAGCGAGGAAACCGCAGAGUGGUGGGCGCGUCUAUAUACCGUCGCACCCAAAAUCAAGGAGCGAAUGGCGUUCAGUGGCACCCUGAUGAUUGGAUAUACGCCGCUCAGCAGUCGCCAGUUGGGCAACUUCUUUCGCAUGGUAUUCACCUGCUUUCCCGUGCUCAAGACUGACGAAUUGGAUGUCAUUUUAGACGAAAUCGAACGUCUGGGCGACGAGCUCUAACUAGAAAUUUGAAUAUAAAAUAGCAAUAAUAAUUUGUUUCAAGUAAAACGG